UUUUCCUGUAGUACGUUUAUUUUACUUUCCGUUGUUAUUACACAUUGUCCAAUAUUGGCAGUGACAUGCGAAGUAUUUAUAUGAUGAACGUGGAAGUAGCUAGAAUCCCCUUUGAAGCGAAAUAAUCCUAAAAAAGAGACGCAAUUGAGACGAGAUCAUUCAAGUCGCCUUCAAGAACGACGUCGUGGAUUCGCUGCAACGUUUCUGACAGGAGUUGUGCUGGAGGAAAAAAAAAGACUGAAUUCGAGGAAAAUUUGUGGUCUUUAUGGCGUUUUAUCCUUAAAAGGAAUAGUCUGGUACUUAGAGGGAUGCAUUUGCUUCUAGAAAUAUGAGUGCCUUAUAUGCAAAGCUCAAAAGGUUGCUGUGGAACUAAGGGAGUCACAAGACAUGAAUGCCCUAGAGAGCAGAUUCCUGUCAGCUUUACUAAAUAGGAGAUAGUAAGAGGAAUUGAAUGCUUGUAUUUUUUUGGUUGUAGUAUUUAUUUGGAGAAACGAGCAAUGGAGGUUGCUUGCCAUGAAGAUGUGGUCAGCCAAAAACAGGGAGCAGGCGAAGAUUGUGAAAAUGAAAGGAAGGUUGAUGUAAAUAAUAUAGGCAACUUUAAAGUGGGAAAUGACCCUCCUAGGAUGAGGACAAGAUUUCUCCAAGAAGACCUAAUUCUCAAGGAGGAGCUGGUCGAUGAUCCUGUUACUCUUGUGGAGGAUGGUCCAAAUGCCGCUGGAGGACACAGUGAUAUGUAUGCUGCGGAAUUCGUUGUUGUCCAAGAAAAGUCUGAGGUGGUAAAGAAUGAAGAAUCCCAGAUGUGUGAUAGAAUGGAUGUUGAUAUUAAGGCAGAAAAAGAAAGGAAAGUGAAGACAUACCAGUGUGAAAAUUGUGCAUGGGUAUGUAAUUCUCUGUCAAAUUUAAAGAAACAUAAGAUGGUGCACACUGGGGAGAGACCACAUACUUGUACUGAAUGUAAUAAGACAUUCAGACAGAUUCAUCACUUGAAGGAUCACAUACGGACACACACAGGUGAACGACCUUUUAAGUGUAAUGAGUGUGGAUCAACUUUUGCACAAAGGUCUUCAUUAAAUGUGCACAAGAAAAAGCAUACAGGCAUCAAACCCUAUGUCUGCAAGAUUUGUGACCAUGCAACUUAUGAAAAAGAGCAUUUGGUGAUCCACAUGAGAACUCAUACUGGGGAAAAACCUUAUCAGUGCGAAGAAUGUGGUCAGACAUUCUCUACAAUGACAAGGUUAAAGUUUCACAUAAUGAUUCAUACAGGUGAGAGGAGAUAUACAUGUGAAGAAUGUGGCGCCCGCUUUCGAGAGAAGGCAACCCUUCAGAAACAUCGUGGUGUUCACUUAGUUAGAGGGCCAUUUCCUUGUAAAACUUGUGGCAAAGAAUUUCCAAGGUUAGCAAGUUUAUCUCUUCAUCGUAGAAUACAUGAACAGCCAGUAUAUCCGCUAGCUGAAAAUAGAGUUAAUAGUCUUCCAUCCACUGAUCAAGUAACAGCAAAUGUAGACCCUGCUACAGCUUCUACACAUGUACUCAAAGAAACAGAACAGUAUGCUAAGAAGGAAGAAAUAGUGAACAGACCGUGUGCUUUUGAAAACAUUCCACAUGUAACAGAGUCAAUUGAGUUAACUACAUCACAAAGCAAGCAGGCAUAUUUUAAUGAAGUACAAGAAGAUCAACUUGUAAGUAGUGAAACUAGUCAUAAUGUUUGCGCAGAACAACAGGAAAAUGUAAUUUUAGAGUCUUCACCAAUCAAUUCCUCAUUUAGUAAUAAUGAAACAGUAGUGCAAGCUGAAAAUGAAUCUCAGAGUGUGAUAAGCAUUGCAGACCCUGAUCAAGUACAAAAGGCUUUGGAAAGUGGGACUGUGUGGGAAACACACCAAGAAAAUGGGGAGGAGCUUCUGAUUGUGAUACCACCAUCCUUAACAGGAAGAGAAAUAACAUUAGUCUCUGAUGUGAAUCGCAUGCAUAACAGAGAAGCAACAUUCACACAGACAGCAGCUCCAGUUUUCCACCUAUCACAGGACCAGGCUGAAGUUGUACGGGAUUACCCACAAGUUAUUCAUGAAGAAAUCCAUGAGAAAGUGCAGCAGAGUCAUCCGCAUAUUGUACAAGAGGAGCACAACCCUGAAGUACAGACUUACCCUAUAGUUCUUGAAGAAGAAGUACAUGAAACCAAUUCAGGACUCUUGGUAUGGGAUGAUGGCCUAGAUCCUGUUACUGAAGUGACGUAUGUAAUAGAGGAAGGGGCUCAGGAUCCAAUCAUGAUACAUCAAGAUCAAGCCCACUUUGUACAUGAAAGUAAAGUGGUUACAGAAGUUACAAGGAAGAGGAAGAAAACAAAGGAGUUUUGGCUUAUGGAUGGAGAAGAAAAGCAAGAAAAAAUGAAGGAACAGGAUUCUGAAUCAGUGAGAUCUGUUUUAGUUAAGACAAAGAUUAAAAAGAAAAAACAAAUUGAUAAGAAAGUAAGAGUGCGUAAAGAUUAUGACUGUCAGCAGUGUGGGAAGUCCUGCAAAACCUCCUCCAACUAUAAUACUCAUAUGAGAAAACACACUGGGGAAAGGCCAUAUUUUUGUGGUAUAUGUGGUCUGGGUUUCAAACAGAUACCUCACCUCAGGGGCCAUAUCAGAACCCAUACUGGUGAGAAACCAUAUACUUGCUCCAAUUGUAAUGCAAGUUUUGCUCAGACUUCAAGAUUAAAUAUCCAUAAAAAGAAAUGCAAUAAGGAAACACCAGUUGCUGCAAAGAAACCAAAACUGGAACCUGCAUGUAAGGUGAGAAACUUUUACUGUAAAAUCUGUGAUAAGACUUUUAUUGAUGAAUGCUUUAAGAGAGAUCAUAUGAAGACACAUAUGGAAUCUAGCCAACACACCUGUGAAAUAUGUGGUAUGACUUAUAAAAGUAAAAGUAGUAUGCAGAAACACAAGCUGGUACAUUUUAAAGAUAAAUGGAAUUGUCAGUUAUGUGGAGAAAGUUUCAGUAAUAAGGCAACCUUGCACUUCCAUAAGGUAGCAGUGCACAAAUCAGAUGAAGUUGGUAAUGAUGCUUCAGGAAUGGUUAUUAAUGUGAAGAUUGGAGAAGAAAAAGAUUUUGUUGUUAUCAAUCCUUCCAUUAAGAAUGUUUCCAGUGACUGUGGGAUUGAUGGCCAGAUUAAAACAGAAGAGAUAGAAAUUACAGAAGCAGAUAAUUAUUCUGUCAAGAGAGAGGUAAUAGAGAUUACAGAUGCAGAGGAUGGUACUGUGAAAAGUGAGGUAAUGUCUGCAGGUGAUGAGGAAAGUUGUACACAGAUAUCAGAUGCCGAUAGAAGUACCAAUGAGGACCAGGGAACUGAUUUUACUAAACCUUUAGGUAAUACUGAUAUAAAAACUGAAAUUCAGGACUUACUUACUGUGGAUGCACAUGACUCUGGUAAAGUAAUAAAGAAGGAAGUUGGUGCAGGAAAGUUAAAAGCCGUUUAUGAUGAGCAAGGAAGGAAGGUAUUUGUUUGCAAAGUUUGUGACAAAGCCUUUUUACAGUCAUCAAAUCUCCUUAGUCAUAUGAGAAUGCAUACAGGUGAAAGGCCCUAUAAGUGUAAUUUAUGUCCAUUAGCAUUUAGACAGAUAACUCAUCUCAAAGAUCACAUGAACACACACACUGGUGUAAGAGCAUUUAAGUGUGGAGUUUGUCAGAUGACUUUCUCUCAGAGGUCAGCUGCCAGGCGCCAUAUAAAGACAGUUCAUGAUCGCAAUGCAGAUGUUGUCAAGAUUGGAAAUGUUUAUUCACUACGAAAUGCCCCAACUGAUCCUGAUAACCAAGCUCAGGAAACAAAUGAUCCAAAUCAAAUCAGUAAGAUGAAAAAGGGGAAAACAUCUGAAAAGAUCUAUGAAACAUGUGAGAAGUGUGAAAGGAGGUAUUCAACCUCAUACAUGAAAAUCCACCUAAGGUGCCACUCAGGUGAAAGGCCUUUUAGUUGUGAUGUUUGUAAACAGUCAUUCAAACAGAAGUCACACCUUUUGUCUCAUAUGCUGCGCCACACAGGAGAAAAACCCUAUGUAUGCAAUGUAUGUCAUGCAUCUUACACGCAGUCAUAUAGGCUAAAGGAACAUAUGAAGAAAUGUAUUGAAGAAAAGAUCAGCAAUAAAAAGGGUAAUGAUGAACAGAGUAAUAAAGCAAACAGAAAAAAAGAAAAAGGAAAGGUUAAGACUGACAUUAAAAAUGAAUUUGUAUGCAGCUGUGGUGCUACUUUUAAGAGACAGGUUCUCUUGACUAGUCACAGGCAGAAAUGUACUUGGAACAUCGAAAGUGAUCACAGCACGGAUGUUAGUGAUGAGGAAAUUCCCUACCAUGAUGACAGUGAUGAGGAAAUAGAACAGGAAAGUAGGCAGGAUGGUAACAAAGGCUGUGCCAAGAGAGAGAAAGGGGACAAGGGACUUCCAACAAAAGCAGACAAAAAAGUGAAGCAGUUCACGUGUAGUAAAUGUGGUAGGUUAUUUGAGGAUUUCCUUCUGUACAAAGAUCAUUUAAAAGAGCAUAGCAGCAGCCUGACAGAGGUUUGUGAAGAAUGUGGAACAGUUUUCAGAAGGGCUUCAGCUUUAGCAUUCCAUCAGAAGAUGAAUCACAAUAAGUCAAAUGAUGAAUGGUCAUAUGGAUAUAGUGAAGAGAAAGAAGUUCAUGUUAAAAGAGAAGUCAUUAACACUGAUGAAGAAGAAUUUGAGCAAAUUAUGCUUGUUGAAAAAGUGAAUAUAAAGACAGAAGAUACAAAAGCAUCAAAAACAGAAUGCAGAGGAGACAGCCACCAUGAAAAAAAAUCAGAAUUAAAUUUGGGAAAAGGAAGGACAGGAUCUGGUACAAAGGAAGAGAAAAUUGUUCAAAGUGGUAAUACACAUACAAAAGAUAAAAACUGUUUAAGUACAAAUCCAACUGUAGAACAGAAGGAAAAGAGAGUGAUCAGCAGAACUAAAAAGCCCUUAAAAGAACAUGUUUGCAGACUGUGUAAUGAAAUAUUUAAAAGUCAGAUGGACCUCAGCAGCCACACUAAGAUUUGUAAAUUGACAGGAAGUUCUGUGAAAGUCAGAAGAAAAAAGAAUGCAGCUAAAGGUGCUUCUUUCAAUAAAAAUGUUAGUGAAGUUGAGUGUGAAAACAAUCCAAAGAUAGCAGAAAUGCAGUAUCCUUGUAAACUGUGUGGUCAGACUUUCACUAGGUCAUCAAAGCUGAAACAUCAUUUGAACAUGUGGUGCAAAGGUAUGAAAAAGGAGUCUAAAACUUGAUAAAGUAUACAAUUCAGGUAAAUCUUAUAGUAUGGAGUUAUUACUGCAUGUGCAUUUUAGGUGGCUGGUUAAUUUAUGUGGUUUUAUUUAUUCUGUUUAUUUUUUAAGAAAACAACUUCAUUAGAUAUAGCUAAAUGAUGUAACAGUAAAUGUCAUUUUCCUCCAAAGUUAAGAACGUGUUGAAUAUUCUAGUCAUGUCACUAUGCAGUGGUUGUUUCUGUAGUGAAUACAUAUUUUUGGUAAAGCUGAUAUCAGUUUUAUAUUGAUUUAUUAUGAAAUAAGAAAGCAUUAACAUUUUAUGAUAGAUUUUGUAUAUUAUAAAACUAAUUUCCAUAUUUAAGAGAUUUGAAAUAUGUCUAAGUGAUAUGGUAAAAGUUGUCUGUUAUGAUAAUUUUUUUAUUGUGUGAUAAGGCUGCUUUUAUACAUUUAUGGAAGUUGAUUAAAAAAA